AAUUAUAUCUCACAAUGGGAACUCUCUAUCAACCCCCUAUCAAAUCUUCUACUCCCAAAAUAAUUGAAGACCUCAAAGUAAUCCUCCAUGACACAGUCACUAUCUUCCCACCUCAAGAAACCGAAAAACGUUCCAUGUUCUUAUCAAACAUCGACCAAAUCCUCACGUUUAACGUGGAAACGGUCCAUUUCUUUGUGGCCAACCCUGAAUUUCCACCAAAUUUGGUGGCAGAAAAACUAAAAACCGCGCUAAGUAAGGCAUUGGUGCCAUAUGAUUUCUUGGCAGGAAGGUUGAAGUUUAACAACAACGAGUCACAACGGUUUGAGUUCGAUUGCAAUGGGGCUGGUGCUUUGUUUGUGGAGGGUUCGAGCGAGUUUGAGUUGGGUGAGAUUGGUGACUUGGUUUAUCCGAACCCCGGGUUUAGACAAUUGGUUCAAAAGAGCUAUGAAAAUUUGGAAAUGCAUGAUCGCCCUUUAUGCAUUUUACAGCUGACAUCCUUCAAGUGUGGUGGAUUUGCACUUGGUGUAGCAACAAAUCAUGCCACUUUUGAUGGCUUAAGCUUCAAAACAUUUCUUGAAAAUCUUGCUUCGUUGGCAGCUGACAAACCUCUAGCCACCAUUCCUUGCAACGACCGCCACCUAUUGGCUGCAAGAACACCGCCACAGAUCCAAUUCGACCACCCUGAACUCUUUAAAAUCCCUAAAGGAAUGGACAUCCCAAACCCCACAGUCUUUGACUGCCCAAAAGGGGAACUUGACUUUAAAAUUUUCAACUUGACCUCAGAUGAUAUAGCCCAUCUCAAAAAUAAAGCCAAAGAUGGACCUGGUGCAGCCAAUGCGAAAGUCACUGGGUUCAAUGUGGUUGCAGCCCAUGUAUGGCGGUGCAAAGCUUUGUCAGCAGAGCCAGAAUAUGACCCUGAAAGGGUGUCAACUGUUUUAUAUGCCGUGGACAUACGUUCAAGGUUGAACCUGCCAUCCUCAUUAGCAGGCAAUGCAGUUAUUAGUGCUUAUGCGUCUGCAAAAUGCAAAGAAAUUGAAGAGGGCCCUUUGUCAAAGCUAGUGGAAAUGGUGACCGAAGGUAACAAGAGAAUCACCGGUGACUAUGUGAAGUCAGUGAUUGACUGGGGAGUGGAGAAUAAAGGGUUUCCAAAUGGGGAGUUUAUGAUGUCAUCAUGGUGGCGGUUGGGGUUUGCGGAUGUGGAGUACCCGUGGGGGAAACCGAGGUAUAGUUGUCCGGUGGUUAAUCAUAGGAAAGAUAUAAUAUUACUCUUUCCGGAUAUUGUUGGUGCAGAUAACAACAAUGAAGUGAACGUGUUGGUGGCUUUGCCCGGCAAAGAAAUGGAAAAAUUUGAAGCCUUAUUUCACAAGUUUUUGGCAUGAACACUCGAGGGCUUGCAUUAUAGCUGGUCAUAUGAAGUGUUGCUGAAAAGUACUUAAGUUUGGUUUGAAGAAUAUAUACAAUAUGUAAUGUAUGUAAUGAAGUGUGAUAUGUCAUUAUAUAUCUCUAUGCAUAACUAGAUAAACAAGCUAGAGUGUUGUAUAUGGUUAAAAUUAAAAAGUUUAUUUA